AGCAACACGUACAAAAAUGACGGUUUUCAGUAUUGUGUUGUUUAGCAUUUUUGCUAUCCAAGCCGCUUUUGCGGGUUUGUAUGGGUUUGGGCACGAGUUCCAACCAGGAUACGGAUAUGGAGCAAACCAUGGCAUUGAAUAUGGUGGCGAUGAAGACUUUUUUGCACCAGCUGGAUACCAGUUUGAAUACGGUGUUCAUGAUCCACAUUCGCAUGACAUCAAGUCCCAACAUGAGCAUCGCGACCAUGACAAUGUUAAGGGCAGCUACUUCAUCGAUGAACCUGAUGGUACCAAAAGAGUGGUUGAUUACAUUUCAGCACCCCAUGCAGGAUUCCAGGCAGUGGUGAAGAGAGUUGGACAUGCCCAACAUCCUGCGAUUUAUGGAAAACAUGCCCAUGGGCAUGGUUUGGGUGGAACCAGCUACGUUGGAGUCACCAACUGGGGCCACGGAUCGGGAAGAUGACUAUUCCGAAGAAGAAACUGGGAAAUAAAAAGUCGCCGAAUUGUUUCUACCUUUAUACAAAUACACCAUUCAUCCUGA